CUGGCGCAGACGCGGAUCAGCAGUCGGCUCUGGCAGGACGGCCGAGCCCGAAUGUGCCGCUCUGCGCUGACGUCUUUCACUGAAAAGGUGUCGUUUUGCACGCGAGCUGUGCCACGGGUGUGACAUCACCACGGGGGGGGGGGGAAAAGCGAGGCGUGAAUGAUUUAGGAAAUAAUCUCAUUGGUUGCAAGCGCACGGUGAGACGGGCUCAAGUUUGACAAGUGGGGACCCCCCCUUCGGAGAGCCCGAUAGGAGAGCCGCGCGUUUUAAAGUGAGCCGGCAGGAUGAGCGGAGGCGAAGGGGAGCGCGACACCACGUCACCGGCGUGAUCCCCGGUCUCCAAACCAUGGAGGAGAAGUUCAACAGACUCAUGUUCAUCCCCGUCGCGGCGGUGCUCUUCCUGAUGAUCGGCUACCAGUACGUGUGCCCGGCGGACAGGAACACCUGCCACCUCCGAGGCGCUGACAGGGGGCUUUACCAGCGCUACGCGUCCGGUUUCGAGUUAGUUUUCACGGAGCCGGAGGCGGACGAGGACCUGCCCUCCAGAAUCACCUCCAAAUUUAACUUCACGGCGCGAGACCUGGACCGGCACGUCGACUUCAACAUCCGGGGAGACGACGUGAUGGUGUUCCUCCACAUCCAGAAGACCGGCGGCACGACGUUCGGCCGCCACCUGGUGAAGAACAUCCAGCUGGAGCGGCCGUGCGACUGCAUGUCCGGCCAGAGGAAGUGCACCUGUCACCGGCCCGGCAGAGCAGAGUCGUGGCUCUUCUCCCGGUUCUCCACCGGCUGGAGCUGCGGGCUGCACGCCGACUGGACCGAGCUCACCAGCUGCGUGCCCGUGGUGAUGAACAAGCGGGACAAGAAGAGUGCCCAAAAGAACAAAAGGAACUUCUACUACAUCACCAUGCUGCGCGACCCCGUGUCGCGCUACCUCAGCGAGUGGAAGCACGUGCAGCGCGGCGCCACCUGGAAAACCGCCCUCCACAUGUGCGAUGGCCGCGCGGCCACCGAGGACGAGCUCCCCGCCUGCUACAGCGGCGAGGACUGGACCGGCGUGCCCCUGGCCGACUUCAUGAGCUGCCCCUCCAACCUCGCCAACAACCGGCAGGUGCGCAUGCUGGCCGACCUCAGCCUGGUGGGCUGCUACAACAUGUCGUCGGUGAGCGAGCUGGAGCGGGGCCGCGCGCUGCUCGCCAGCGCCAAGGCCAACCUUCGCAACAUGGUCUUCUACGGCCUGACGGAGUUCCAGCGCAAGACGCAGUACCUGUUCGAGCGGACGUUCGGCCUGCGCUUCAUCCGCGCCUUCACGCAGAUCAACAGCACGCGCGCCGCCAGCGUGGGCAUCAGCGAGAAGGUGCGCUGGCGCAUCGAAGGCCUGAACGCCCUCGACGUGGAGCUGUACGAGUACGCCAAGGAGCUGUUCCUCCGGCGCUACCAGCACAACCGCCAGCGGCAGCACCUGGAGGAGCGCGAGAGGAGGUGGCGGGAGAGGCAGCAGAGGCAGCGGCUGCACAGGACCUACCUGGCGGCGCUGUGGCGACUAGGUGGCGGCGGCUGGUGGGGGGAGGAGGAGCAGGUGAAGCUAGAGGAGGUAGCCACGACGGAGGACUACAGCAGCCAGGUGGUGAGGUGGUGAGGAGGGAUACCCGAAAAGGACGGAGCGCCGUUUGACCCCUCGCGCUUUCUGCUCCCCUCUGCUUUGACGCUAAAGAAGAAAGCUCGCGGCCUCGUGGCCUCGCGGCCGUUUGGCGGACUGCCGGAUGGUGUCUUACUAUUUAUGAUGGAUGUAUUUGUCAUGGCAACGUUCGAUAUUUAUUUCUCCUUUCUUAUGGGACAUUUUCUGCAACGCGGUUGUGACUUGUAUUUUUCUUUAUUGGUUGAGCCUUGAAUGUUCUUUAAUUUCGCUCACGGUUAAAAUUUGAAAAUAAUUAAGUAAACGACACGAGGACGGCCAAUUUUAAACGCGGUGAAAGACCCUGAGAGGACCCCUGUGUGUCGUAUUUGUGACCUAGCGCCUUGUUGAUCAGUGAAAUCUCGUAGUGACUCUGUGGUGUUCGGCUUCGUAAGAAUAUCAAAGCACAAACUUGGAUAAAUAGUCUGCGGUGUGUGUUUCUGUUUCGUUUUGACUGACUUAAAGGCAAUUUCUCGCAGGAAAUCUGUUCAAUAAAAUUUUUAAAAAUGCA